AUGUGGUUUCACUCUCACUCUAAUUGUCCACUCUGUCGAACCCCGGUUCAACUAGAUAAUCCAGUCCCCCCAUCAGCACAAUCGGUGGAAGAGAUGGUGUCAGUGACUGAACCGGCCGGUUCAGUUACUGCAGGGGAGGAAGGUGAAACAGGUUGUUCGUCUUCUACUUUACCGCCUCUGGAGCUAGUGGAUGUAUUAGUGGACAUGCCUAAAGUGGACUCUGGAGGUCUGGAUGACAUGGGUUUAGAUGCACCUGAAGAAACUGGGUUCAAAUCUUCGGAUGUUGAUGCUAAAAUGGGAAGUGAGGGUUGUCAGUGUUCGAAGUUGAAGUUGGGAAUUGUUUUGUCUGCCAUUGUUGAUCUUGCCGCUUGUGCUAUUUCAAUUUUGUAA